CUACGACACAACACCUAACAAUGGCCAAGUGUAACCAAUGAAAGGGACUGCAGUAUAGUGGCACAAGUAAUAAAUAUCGAAUCCACGGGUCUCUAGAGUUACUAUUACUCAACUUCAGUUCAUUAUCUAGCAAUAGAUUAAUGAUUGAUUUACUAAACUACUCUACUAAUUACAAGUUGGGAACUCACUUAGGUAUGAUUCCCCCUAGCUCCUCAAUUAGGUCCAAGUUGCAAUUACCUUUGGUAGAUCUACUGUUGAUUAAACUGCGGAAGAUCCUAAAUUAGCUUGGAAUCUCUUAAGCUGACCAAGCCCUCUUAGACAAAAUACCCAGCAGGCGACUAGCCUUCACCGGGAUAGACUGCUAAGGCGAUUCACACAGAUCUCUACUACUAGAAUGAAUUCCAGUACAAAGCAGUAAAUUGAUUGACUCUCGCACAACCAAUUCACCACUAUCAAUCAAGGAAGCUCUCUUAACCUAAUCAGAUUCUAUCUAUCAUAGGUUAAAGCAGAAAUCAAGAGAAGAUGAUCAGGCUUCAAUUGACUCUAUAAAUCAUGCCUCAAUCGAUUAUAAACAAACAAUAUAGCAUCCAAAACUUCAUAUAAGAAAGAUCCUAACACAUGGAACUAGGGUUCCUCAAAACCUAAGUGAAGGGAAGUUACUCCAUAGAGAAGAGAGAGACUGCAGAAAUCUGAUCUUGAUCUUCAAUCUCCAUCUCCAAGCUUGAUUCCCGAGCUUCAGUGGCGAAGAAAUCCUCCAAAAUAGCUCCAAGAAUGUUCCCAAGUCGCUCUCUCUCUCUCUCUAGGGUUCGUCCCUUGGGUGUUUGGGAACCAAAACCCAGCUCUCCCUCUCCUUUGGCUCGAAAUUGGCUUAAAACCAGAAAUUCCCGACUCACACGGCCGUGUGACUUUCCCAGCUGCCCGUGUGAGUGUCCAAACGCGGCGUUUCGAUUAGUGGGCAACCAGGCAAGCUGCACGGGCAGAGGCCACACGGCCUUGUGGCUCCCCAGGCUGCCCGUGUGGCUUUUACCGAGCCCUUCCACGGCCACAAGGGGCCCCUACACGGCCGUGUGAGGUACAAUGGUGCCCGUGUGGCUUCCCAGCUUCUCGCCAAACGUCCAAACUUCGUCCAAUUGACCCCGAACUUGUUCCUAAACCUUCAUUCACGUACUAGGACCUGAAAUAUCACAACCAAGAACAACCUAGCGUGAAAUCGUCCUAAAACACGAGAAUCAACAUCUCAAACGGCUCAAGAAUAGGGGUAAAAACAUGUGUAAUUAUUGGUCUAUCAGCGGCUAACCGGAUAACCGACCCUGACCGAAAAUCCCCUUCUCCCCAUCCCAAAAUCGCAGAAAACCCUUCACCCCCAAAUCAAAUAAACUAGUUCGAAGUCCCUCCCCCCAUCUCCCCGAUCUCGCGCCGCCCGACACCGCGCCUCACCUCCGACUGCCAUCCCUAAAUAUGAGUUCAGCGGCGGCGGCGAGCAAAGCCUGGAUGGUGGCGGCUAGCAUAGGCGCAGUGGAGGUGCUCAAAGACCAAGGGGUGUGCCGGUGGAAUCACGCCAUGAGAUCAAUCCACCACCACGCCAACUCCAAACUCCGAUCCCGCGUCUCUCACCCCGCUAAAAACCUGUCUUCUUCAUCAUCCUCUGCUUCGGCUGGGGAGAUGGCGAGCAUCGGUGGAGCUGCGAGGAAAACAUAGGCCUCGUUCGACAGAGUGAUGGGGUGGAGCUAUUUUCAGCGAGAUCCGUGUAGAUUGAUGGAAGUUGUGAGGGUAGAGAAAUAGAUCUCAUGAACGGAGAGGGAGGAGGAAUGAUUUGUUGCGGUUACCACGGUUAAACCGAACCAUAACCUAAAACCGAUCGGUUGGUGGUCAGCUAACCGUGACUCCUUUCAUGGUCGGUCGUCGGCAGACAUAGGGGACGGAUCAAUUUAACCGAUAACUGAGAAAUCGAGUUUCGGUUAAACCAAAACCGACCGACUGCCACCCCUAAUCCCAAGGAUGGAAUUCUUUACGAGACCAAGGGGAGUCGGAAGUGAUGAUGACAUGCUUUAAUGGGGGAAAAACUCAUAGUAACAUAUUUGAAUAAAUAAAUAUGCUCGUG